GAUAUUAUUUUUUAUAUUUUUUUUGGCAAAAGUUAAUUUAACUACGUUUGACUGUUUGUAACCCGGAUGUACUUAAAACCAAAAGACAAGACGGGAGAGCGAAAAGUAUCAAUGGGGGUAACUUGUGUGUGCCAGAUUCCCGUGACGGAGGGGAAGAGUGUGCAGCAGACGGUGGACCUCCUGCACAAGAAGCUGGAGCAGCUGGGCGCCGUGAAGCAGAGCAGCUUCUGCGUGGACUGUGAGACGUACCAGUCUACAGGAAACGCAGCCGGUCAACCCUCCAAACUCUUAUACGUGAUGCACAACUCUGAAGUCCCCCUGAGCUGCAUGGCUCUGUUUGAAGGAGGACCCUGCCUGACAGCAGACACCAACUUUGACGUCCUCAUGGUGAAGUUGAAAAGUCAUUUCCAGAACGCCAAGGGACACAAGGUGGAGUGUCGGGGCUCGAGAUAUCGCUACUGCGACUUCUUGAUCAAAGUCGGCACCGUCAUCAUGAGCUCCAGCGCCAGGGGGAUAUCCGUGGAGGUAGAAUACUGUCCCUGCGUGGUCCCGGGGGACUGUUGGAACCUCGUGAGGGAGUUCAUGCAGUCUUUUCUCGGCAACAACGUUCCAGAGCUUCCGACCGUGUUCGCAGCCAAACCUGAGGGUCUUUUUGCUCCAGCCGACUGCGUUGACACCAUGACUCAGUACCUGGAGUUGUUCAACAAGCUUCGUAAAUUACAGAUCACAGGAAGCAAUGUGCGCUGAGUCUGCAUUUUUUUUUUUAUUGAGUUAUGGUAUUAAUGUGUUUAUUCUGGUCCUAUGGAUCAGUUUGACAUCUUAAGAGUUGUUGCAAACCUAUUGUUUAUAUUUCUGUAGCUUCAGAUGUGCAUUAAUUUCCCCAACUUUGUAAGUGUUUUGUAAUAAAAUUACAUAAAAGGUCAUAGUAAAA